UGGUGGCGGGCUGCUUUCCUGUCCCAGGUGCUGAGCAGGAGGCUCUUCCGGCAUGGCCGCUCCCUUCCUCACCUGGUGCUGCAAGCAACGCCUUUCUGGAGUUCCCUGCCCAGGCAGGCGCCCGGUGCCGAACCCCGAUGGGACCCCGCGAGCGCGCCGCCUUCUAGGGCAAAUCACAGGGUAGACGGUGGCGGAAGGUGAGGAGGGGACAAGGAAGAGAAAGUAGGAUAGACAAAAGAGGAAUUUAAAGUGCUACUUUCUUCCUCCUUCCUCCAGCUCUGUCUCUUCCAAAGCACAGAGUUUACAUCCUUGGCCUUUGCAGAAUUGCUACUUUUGGAAGAAAUUUCAUUCUCUCUAUAGUGACUGAAGAAGAGUUUACUUCUGGAGUUUGCUUGCUUACUUUACACUGGAGAAUAAGCGCAUGAAGAGACUGUGCUUCUGUAUUGUAGAGAGCCUACAUCAGGAAUGAAGCUGCCAUCAUGUCAUUCAGAGGCAGGAAUGUUGAUAUCAAAGAAUUCUUGGCCAACAUCAACUUGGUGCAGUAUCUUCCUUACUUCAAAGAAGCUGGCUAUAAUGCUCUGUCAGACUGCAUAGGAAUAAAUAAUAAUGUGCUCCAGCAAAUUGGAAUAUCACCUACUGGACACCGCAAAAGGAUUCUUAAGCAGUUAGAGAUCACGUUUUCAAAAAUGCAAGAAAAAUCUGUCUCAUCUGAAAAUCUGAAACACAAGGACUUGGAGGAAUUAGGGGAAAGUCAUUCUUUGUGCUAUGCCCAGGUUUCAAAAAUAUCCAAUUUAAGUUCCAGUGGGGUUGCUAAAGCUAGUCUAGAAUUUGUAGCAUUGCCAGCAAGACAUUUUAGUGAAGAAAAGAGUGAAUUUACUGAACAUGAGUUAUUGGCAGUGAAAGAUGGUAGCUUUUCAGAUUUGGAAUCUUCUAGCUCAUCAUACGAGAAAUCAGAUUGUUCAGGAGAUGCUGUCAGCCUUAGCGGAAACAUUGAGAAAAGCACUAACUUUCAAAACAUACCUAAUAUGGAUGUUGCACUGGAAAAAUCAAAGGCACAACAAGGUAACUUGCACUUCGACAACCAUUCUGCAUUAUACAUCGAAGAUCCAAGUUCUCAGUCUUCUUUUGCUGACUCAUCUGAAACCAAGUCCAGUGAGAAUGAGCAUCUAACAUUCUCAGAGGUGGAAAUCUCACCAAAUGUCCUACCAGAUUCUCCAUUCUUUGAAUUUAAAGGUGAAAUGGUGGAUAAUGACUUAUAUGGUCCUUGUAAGCAAAGCGGUAUGAAAGUAGUUCCUAGAACAACUCGGUCAUUUAUGUUAAGACAUCGACCUGUUCCAGAAAUCCCAGGUUCAUCUAAAAUUGCAGCUUCACCCAGUUCUCUGCAGGAAAGAAGAAAUGUGGAUGUUUUAAAUAUUUCUGGGAGCCCAACUUCUUGUACUGGGAGCCCAACUUCACAGAAAAAAACCUCCAGUGAGGAAAUGCCAUCUGUCAUCUCUCCAUAUGGGGAAACUUUUCUUUUCAACAGCCUUGCAGAUGCCAAGGAAAUCUGCGGAAAUGAAUUCUUGGCUUUUGAAGAAAAAUUUGAAGAUAAAGAAGUGACUGAAGAGCAUUGUCUUCAUGAUAAAUCAUGUGUAUUUAAUAUCCAGAAAGGGAAAGCAUCAUCUGAGGACCAUGUGAAAAAUGAAUUGAUAUCUCAAGAGGAUACAUUUAUGUUUCCAGAACAACUUCCUCGUGAAACUGAAUAUACUACUGUGGAAGAAUGUUCUCCGUAUUUAAGAACAAAAAACCAUACAGCCCAAAAGUAUUCUUCAUUCCCUACUAAGAACCGAAGCAGAAAUCUGGAACACUCUGUUAAAGAAUCAGUUUAUUUUCUGCCAUUUGAUGAUAAACAAAUUAUCACCCCGAAUGAUUCAAUAACACCCUAUGCCUGUUUUUAUGGAUCGUCGGUAAAGAAGGUUAAAGCAGGGUGGUUGGAUAAACUGUCACCUCAGGGAAAACGUAUGUUUCAGAAGCGCUGGGUUAAGUUUGAUGGAGACAGUAUUUCUUAUUACAAUAAUGAUAAGGAAGUUUACUCUAAGGGAAUAAUCCUGCUCUCCGCGAUAGUUACAGUCAGAGUCCAUGGGGAAAAUAAAUUUGAAGUUGUCACAGCUCAUAGGAAUUUUGUCUUCCGAGUGGAAAAGGAAGAUGAAAGGAUUGACUGGAUUAAUACAAUGCUCAGUGCUUUGAAAUCACAGUCCAAUACCCCUCAGACUCGGGCUGCUGUCACUCCUGAGAAAAGUGGCUACCUUGAACUAAAAGGAUACAAAGCCAAAAUCUUUACUUUACUUCUGGGGAACAAUGUGUGGCUCUGCAAAAGUGAACAGAGUGGAUGUUUCUUCCAAUGUCCACACUUCAUGCUAAAUAAAUGAAGCACUCUUGUUGCUUGUGGAGGG